AUGGAUCGAGGCUACGACAAGAGGUACAGCAAGCACCAUAAGGACAAACACAAGAAGCAUGGCCAUAAGAAACACAAAUCAUAUUCAGGUAGUUCCCAUGAACAAUCUUAUGCUACUGUCAAUUCUGUUAAGCCACUGGUGGAAUAUUCAGAUGUUAGUUCGGAGGCACUGUCAGCACCAGAGGCAGGUGAGAUUGAUAGUGAGACUAGCUCAAUCAGCAGGCAUAUUGCUGAUGACCUUGAUCGAACAAGAAAGUCCCAUUCCAUACGUACAUUUGUAGAUAACAAGACAAUAUCAGUUACAACUACAAGUCGGCGGGCCAACGAAGAGUACGCCAUGAGGGAUUCCUCGGUGGGAAGAAAGAGAAGGAUAGAUGGUUACAUUGAGGCAGAGGCGGAGUUUGAUGAUCAUGGCAGGUAUAAGAAGAAAAAAGACAAACGUAAAAAGGAAAAGAGGAAGAAGAAAAAGAAGUCUAAAAAUAGGUCAAGGUCAGCAAGUUUGGAGAGUGUAUCUGCAGACGACAACGUGCCUGAGGAGCUUCCGGUCCGGGCGCCGACUCCCCAGCGCUAUCACCAAGUACCUGUGAGCGAAUGGGAGAAGGCAUCGUCUCCACUGCGCAAUGGCUCAUGUUCCCCUGUUUCGCCUAGUACACCACCACUGAUGCGGCAUGAGUCGCCUCGACAUCGUGUCGCUCUUCGAGAACCUGCAUUGCACCACAACCCAAUGCCUUACUCGCCGCACCGGGAUAGAUCUCCGAUUGUUAGACGAAGACAGAAAUCAUCAACACCCCACACGCCCAUAGCGCCUCCGUACCAUGAUACAGUGACCAUUGAUUCAGAUACAGAACAGGACUACGAGCGCAGCAGACGUGAGCGGGAGUAUUGGUUGGAGCAACAACAGCGUAUACAGUCUCCGAUCAUGGUAUCAGACUCUCCGGUGCACGAGCCGCGUAUGCGUGAGUACAGCGAGAGGCGACGGCGUUGUCGCUCGCCGCACCACCGGCGUCGCACGCGGUCAAGGGACCGCGCACGGGACCGACACAAGGAGUUCAAGACCACGCACCGGUCCCACAGCCGCGGCUCGCUGAAGCGUCGCCGCAGCGUGUCCCGCGGGCGGCGGCGCGGCUCCACGGCGUCCCCGCCCCGACACCGCGCCAAGCACCCCGACCCGCCCCGCGAGCGGCACCGAAUCAAGCACGAAUCACCUAGUCCACCAUCGAUAUUGCAACGGAGAAUCGACUUCAAGGAGAAGAUCAGUGACACUAGCCUGUUUGCUGAACUAGUCAAGGACAAACACAAAAGAGCAAAGAAACUACAGGAAAUAUUAAAUCAAAAGGAGGAAGAAUCACAGGGAGCAAUAUCAAACACAACCUCAAUUAACAACCCCGAGAUAUUAACUAUAGAUGAAUUAUCUAACGCCACUGCAGACAGUUUUACACAGAUGUCAAAAGAAAACGGUGAGAGUAUAAAGGAGAGCCAGGAGGUGUUAACCAUGGACAUCCCCAUGCCUCACAGUGACGAGUCCAACCAGGCGCCCCUGCAGCCCCCGCCAGAGUUCCGCUCCUUCGAGCUGCAUCAGAACGGCUCGCCGUCUCCCUCACCUUCCGUUACCGCUCCACCACAGCCUCCUCAGCCGCCACAACCGCCUUUACCUCCAGAGGAUAAAGAGCCAGAGAAACCGGCAUCUACAACUCCUCCACCAACAAGUACCACCGGUAGUACAGUAACUAACCCUCCAUUACCGAAGACGUCGGUGGUAGACAGCGUGUACUUACAGAACAGCCAGGCGUUGCCUACGGUACCCAAGCACAAGAGUCUCACAAAACUACCCAUGCCGCCUAACAUACAGGUUGAUGACAUAAAAACGUUAGCAAACGACAGUCCGCUGACGACGCCACCGACAAGUCCCGUCAAGAAGCCAGAAAAACCCAAACGUACCGGAAUCAUGAACUUGCCUAUGCCACCAGUGAUUCCUGGAUCCGAGGAGUUGUCAGGCGACGAACUGGACGGCUCCACUCCUCCUCCAACCUCGCGACGCGACCAGUACUCGCACGUGUUCGCCAAUAGGACCGCUACCCGAGAAGCUUCGGGAUCCAAACUGAAGAGGCCGCGCAUUCUUAAGAGGCGGGGCUCAAAAGUGGUUCCUGUUUCAACCCCUACUUAUCAUGCCAAAGACUGGGGCGAGAAGUGUGUCGACGGGUUCCAGGUCAUAACUCAGAUAGGCGAAGGCACCUACGGCCAAGUGUACAAAGCCCGAGACAAGAACACGGGACAACUGGUCGCUCUCAAGAAGGUCCGUCUGGAGAACGAGAAGGAAGGGUUCCCUAUCACAGCCGUGCGAGAGAUCAAAAUAUUGAGACAACUAAAUCAUAAGAAUAUAGUUAAUUUAAGAGAAAUAGUUACGGAUAAGCAAGAUGCUAUGGACUUUAGGAAGGACAAAGGAUCAUUUUAUCUAGUCUUUGAAUACAUGGACCAUGAUCUGAUGGGGUUGCUAGAGUCAAAGAUGGUGGACUUCACCGAGUCACACAACGCGUCCAUCAUGCGCCAGCUGCUGGAUGGGCUUGCCUACUGCCACAGAAAGAACUUCCUGCACAGGGAUAUCAAGUGUAGUAACAUAUUAAUGAAUAACAAAGGUGAAGUGAAGCUGGGCGACUUCGGUCUGGCUCGACUGUGGUCUGCGGAGGACCGACAGCGGCCCUACACCAACAAGGUGAUCACGUUGUGGUAUCGCCCGCCCGAGUUGCUGCUGGGCGAGGAGCGUUACGGCCCUGCUGUCGACGUCUGGUCUAUGGGUUGUAUCCUCGGCGAGCUCUUCCUCAAGCAUCCACUCUUUCAGGCGAACGUGGAGAUGAUGCAGCUGGAGAUGAUCUCUCGCGUGUGCGGCACGCCGGUGCCGGGCGUGUGGCCGGGCGUGGUGCGCCUGCCGCUGUGGCACACGCUGCGCCCCAAGCGCUUCCACAAGCGCUGCGUGCGCGAGCAGUUCGCCUUCCUGCCGCCGCACGCGCUCACGCUGCUCGACCGCAUGCUGGAGCUCGACCCCGAGCGGCGCAUCACCGCCGACGACGCGCUCAAGAGCCCCUGGCUGCGCGCCGUCGUGCCCGACCAAAUGCCCGCGCCGGAGUUGCCCACGUGGCAGGACUGCCACGAGCUGUGGUCCAAGCAGCGGCGGCGCCAGCAGCGCGAGCAGGAGCAGGCGCAGGCGCAGGCCAAGGGGAAGCCCUACGGGUUCGACGACAAGGACCAGCCCCGGAACGACGCGCAGGACUACAAGAGCGAGAUGUACAAGGCCGACGGCUUCAAGGCCACAGAGCCCUCGCAAGAGCCGCUCGGACAAGUCAAAUAG